CCUGGUUCAGUAUGUGGCGAGUUCGCCGUCUGCUCUGCGUGUACGUUCCAAGGAAGAGCAAGCUCACGGGACCUUUGAACAGGCCUGCCGCCUUCAUGUCCACUCUGCUCAUCAAUCAGCCCCAGUAUGCUUGGCUGAAGGAGCUGGGGCUCCGCGAGGACAACGAGGGCGUGUAUAAUGGAAGCUGGGGAGGCCGGGGAGAGGUUAUCACCACCUAUUGUCCUGCUAACAAUGAGCCGAUAGCGAGAGUCCGACAGGCCAGCAUGGCUGACUAUGAAGAAACUGUAAAGAAAGCAAGAGAAGCAUGGAGAAUCUGGGCGGAUAUUCCUGCUCCAAAGCGAGGAGAAGUAGUGAGACAGAUUGGUGAUGCCUUGCGGGAGAAGAUCCAAGUACUAGGAAGCUUGGUGUCUUUGGAGAUGGGGAAGAUCUUAGUGGAAGGUGUGGGAGAAGUUCAAGAGUACGUGGAUAUUUGUGAUUAUGCUGUUGGCUUAUCUCGGAUGAUUGGGGGACCCAUCCUGCCUUCUGAAAGACCUGGCCAUGCGCUCAUUGAACAGUGGAAUCCUGUAGGCCUGGUUGGAAUCAUAACUGCGUUCAACUUCCCUGUGGCGGUGUAUGGCUGGAACAACGCCAUCGCCAUGAUCUGUGGGAAUGCCUGCCUUUGGAAAGGAGCUCCAACAACUUCCCUCAUUAGUGUAGCUGUCACAAAGAUAAUAGCCAAGGUUCUGGAGGACAACAAGCUGCCUGGUGCGAUUUGUUCCUUGACUUGUGGUGGAGCGGAUAUUGGCACAGCCAUGGCCAAAGAUGAGCGAAUGAACCUGCUGUCCUUCACUGGGAGCACUCGGGUGGGAAAACAAGUGGCUCUUAUGGUGCAGGAGAGGUUUGGGAGAAGUUUAUUAGAACUUGGAGGAAACAAUGCAAUUAUAGCUUUUGAGGAUUCGGACCUCAGCUUAGUCGUUCCCUCAGCUCUCUUUGCAGCCGUGGGGACAGCCGGCCAGAGGUGUACCACUGCGAGGCGCCUGUUUUUACAUGAAAGCAUUCAUGAUGAAGUUGUUAAUAGACUUAAAAAGGCCUAUGCACAGAUCCGUGUUGGGAACCCAUGGGACUCUAAUGUUCUCUAUGGGCCACUCCACACCAAACAGGCAGUGAGCAUGUUUCUUGGAGCAGUGGAGAAAGCAAAGAAAGAAGGCGGCACCGUGGUCUAUGGUGGCAAGGUUAUGGAUCGCCCUGGAAAUUAUGUAGAACCGACAAUUGUGACAGGCCUUGACCACAACGCGUCCAUUGUACACACAGAGACUUUUGCCCCAAUUCUUUAUGUCUUUAAAUUCAAGAAUGAAGACGAGGUCUUUGCAUGGAAUAAUGAAGUAAAACAGGGACUUUCAAGUAGCAUCUUUACCAAGGAUUUGGGCAGAAUCUUUCGCUGGCUUGGCCCCAAAGGAUCAGACUGUGGCAUUGUAAACGUCAACAUUCCAACGAGUGGGGCUGAGAUUGGAGGUGCAUUUGGAGGAGAGAAGCACACUGGCGGUGGCAGGGAGUCUGGUAGUGAUGCCUGGAAACAGUACAUGAGAAGAUCUACUUGUACCAUCAACUACAGUAAGGACCUGCCUUUGGCCCAAGGAAUCAAGUUUCAGUAAAGUUGCUUUCAAUUGACAUUUCAAGUGUUUCAGGCAUUGUUGCAUCUCUUUCUUCUGAAGAAGACGAAGAAAAUUACUAUUUGCCUUGAAUCAAUGGAUCAUUUUGAAUUUGACAGUGGUUAAUCCCUUAUGCUUCUGAAGCCUAAAUCAAGAGACUUUUUUAAAAAAUAAAAAUUUUCAUGACAUAACCUUAAGUAAUAAAAGAUAGAUUCGAUGGA